AUGAACCCGCCCGCGGCGUGGGGCUCCCGCACCCAAAGAGAGCGCGACCCGGAGCCGCAGAAGCCGUUCUCUGCCCGUCCGGGGAUCCCCGUGCUUCAGUUUCCCCUCCCAGAGGCUCUGGGAACAGAAACGCAAAACCUCGGGGAGCUGCGGCGCUGCUCGCUGGGGUUGGGACACUCAUGUCACCAAGUGUGUCACUGCUGGGGUGUCCCCUCUGACACUUCCUCGCUCCCCCCAGGACCCCCGGAGGGGCAGCGUGGGGCCGGGCAGCCCCAGGGGACUCACAUCAGCCAGGAUCUGGUGGGACGCAGUCUGGUCAUCGACACACUGCUGGACAACGAGACUCGCAUUGUGGAGGACAACCACAGCUACUACGUGUCCCGCACCUAUGGGCCAGGGGCUGCACGCCGCCAGGGGCUGUGGGUGGACAUGGCAGCAGCUGAUAGCAGCCACGUGAAGGUCCACGGGAUCCUCUCCAACACCCACCGGCAGGCCUCGAGGAUCGUCCUCUCCUUCGAUUUCCCCUUCUACGGGCAUCUCCUGCGGCAGGUGACGAUAGCAACUGGAGGUUUCAUCUUCAUGGGGGACGUCAUCCACCGCAUGCUGACGGCCACGCAGUACAUCGCACCGCUCAUGGCCAACUUCAACCCCAGCUACUCCCGCAACUCCACCGUGCAGUACCUGGAUAACGGCACGGUCUUUGUGGUACAGUGGGACAAGGUCUACCUCCAAGGGAAGGAGGACGUGGGCAGCUUCACCUUCCAGGCUGCCCUGCACAGCAGCGGCAGGAUCGUCUUCGGGUACAAGGAGAUCCCGGUGCCCGUCUUGCAGAUCAGCGCUGCGCAGCACCCCGUCAAGGCCGGGCUGUCUGAUGCCUUCAUGGUCCUCAACCCAUCCCCCGAGGUGCCUGAGUCGCGCCGCCGGACCAUCUAUGAGUACCACCGUGUGGAGUUGGACACCAGCAAGAUCACCAACAUGUCUGCUGUGGAGUUCACCCCGCUGCCCACUUGUCUCCAGCACCGGAGCUGUGAGGUGUGUGUGAGCUCCACGCUGACCUUCAACUGCAGCUGGUGCCACGUCCUGCAGAGGUGCUCCAGUGGCUUCGACCGGCACCGCGAGGAGUGGCUGUCCUAUGGCUGCGCCCAGCAGGCAGACGCCAAGAGCUGUGAGGACUUAGCAGAGGACGACCACUACUCGCCCCCCCCCGACGGCUCCUCCUCGCCGCUGGAUGAGGACAUCACCACCCCCACGGCCUCACUCUCCAUCGACAGCCUCACUACAGAAGACGACACGAAGCUCAACCAGCAGGCAGGCAGUGAAGGUGUGGGAAGCGACCUUCCUUCCAACAAAGUGGGUGCCCCGAUUCACACCGGGACGAUCGUGGGCAUCGUGCUGGCUGUGCUGCUCAUUGCAGCCAUCAUCCUCGCUGGGAUCUACAUCAACAGCCACCCCACCUCCAACGCCGCCCUCUUCUUCAUCGAGCGAAGGCCACAUCGUUGGCCUGCCAUGAAAUUCCGCAAUCACACCAACCGUGCGACGUACUCCGAGGUGGAGGCAGCCAGCCAUGAGAAGGAGGGCUUCGUGGAAGCAGAGCAGUGCUGAGCACUUCUCUCCCUGCACCUCUGACCCGCCACGUCUCAAGUGUUGGAGUCUUCUGUUAUCCUACUGCAAAAUCUUUCCCCUGGUGGAAAAGAAACAGCAAGUAGAGGAAAAAGACCCAAUGGAGCACUGAAGAGAAGGAGUCGGGGCUCUUUUCUCUCCCAGCCAAGCACCAGCUUCUCUUCUCUGCUCUGGAAGAAAGGAAAACCUGUUUUAUUUUAAGAGCAAAACCCUUCUAAGGAUUCACCUUCAGAAUGUUUGUGAGCCAUUGGCUCUGAGGCACUUUCUGCCAUCCAAUUAGUUUGCUCAGUUAGAAGCUGUGACUCUUACCCUAAGGGAACCAGAGGCUGAAGGGAAAAAAAUAAUAUCUUAGGUUCCUUCAAAACAUCUCUGUGGCACGGCCACGCUUCCAGCAGGAGCAGGGGAGGUUUUGCAGGCAGAGGAUGGGGACAGAGCUCUGCCAUGGUUACAACACCCAGAGUCAAGCUCACUCAUGGGAGCUUCCCAUAAGAAGUAAUGAAGGCAUACGUGCCUCGAUAUCACUGAAAAUCUGAAAAAUGCUUGGUUAACACCCUCGUACUUAGAGUCUGCUGAGGCCAGUGGAUUUCCUAUGACUUCUGUUAGCUGUGUGAGUGAUGGGCCCUUGCUCUGCACUGACGCUGACGCCGUGAUUCCAGAAUCCGACCCUCUCUGAGGGGCUCAGCUCUGCACCUCGCAGGGCAGUUCUGCUCCCUGUGCCAUCCAGCUCACGGCAAGCUGCAGCAGUGCUCACCCUGCUUCCUCCAUCAGUGCAGGACUGGGUCCCAAACUGGGGAGAGGUGGCAUGAAAAAAGAGAGAAGGCCAAAGUCCAACAUCAGGUAAAAUUUUCUUCCUCCUACCAAAAAAAAAGAGCAGUGGUUAUAUGGGUUAUUUUUUUUUCCUUAUCUUUUGAUCCUCUGUUAUUUAUUCUGAUAUCAUCUUUGAAGCAUAUUUUAUCCACUGGCUGGUUCAGCUGUCACCGGUGGUGAUCACUGCCAAAGGCAGGGUCUGUCUAAUUAAUGUUUUCCUUCUCAUCUGCUGAAUUUAUAUAGCCAUUAAAGAUAAAUAUGGAUGCUUUGUGGCAUUUAGACCCUAGAUUAUACUUCCUCAUACGUAGCCACGAGGGAGACUUUCGCUGCAUCUUAUUAUGGCAUAAAGGCACCAAAUGCUUUUACAGGGUAAGUCAGGCUGGGUCGUGCCAAGUUGUUACGACCCAGGCAGUCUCUCUUUAGACGUAUUUUGAAGAUAAACCUUAUUUCCAAAUAAAGCUUUUGAUGGGAAGGCUGUUUGUUCCCCUGUUUCCCUGAAGUAGAAAGAAUUCAGAGGAAUGCUGUCAUUUCGUUUUUGCCCUGGAUGGUUAUGAGCUGGUUAGGAAUUUUCUCUAAAUUUCCACCUUUUCAAAUAAUGGCCUUAUUUCUAGCGAUUUUCUUAAUAUGCAUCCACAACAACAACAAGGUUUUUAGGUAUUCCUCUUCCCCUACAGCCUCUAAGAUGCUAGGUAACAUCCAACACGUCUGAAAUGCUGCAUGUUUAAAAGAAAAGAGACUUUAAAUGGAGUGCAAUGGAGCUGUAUAAAUCACUGCUGCAUUACUGCAGCCAGAACCUUAAAAGGGUUCCAAAGAGGAUCAGAUACUCAGGUGGAGAAAAACAACAUCCAAGUGCCAUAGCAUAGAAAUGAUUGAGACACGUGGAGUAAACUGCAGGACAGAUGUCAAGUUCUGAGUGCCUGCAGUCAGAAAGGCUUUAUUUUUUUCAUUAUUGGUUUUGGUUUGUUUUCUUUUUUUUCCUCCUUAAAGCAAAGAACUGAAA